AUUCAAUCCCGAAUCCUCUACUACUAUACUACGUGUAACUAUUCUGUAGCUUAGCAUCUUUACUAGCCGGUACUGCUGCAUGUGAAGAUCUGGAUUACGGCCGGUCGGUCCCAUAAUAUCGAAAACUCAUAUUACGAUGAGUAGUGGAGUAACAAAAUGAUCUGAUUAUCAUUUGGCCCGCCAGUACCGGCCAAGUCUCGAAUUGAUUUAGCGGCUGAAUAUCACCCCGUCGCCUUUGCUCUCGUCGCAAUCUCCCUGCCCUUUCCCCCGCAAGCCCAAUCCUUCGACAUUCGUUCAUUUCCAUCGCGACCAUUACUUGCGUGUCUACUUCAGCUUGACUUGCACUUGCGGUCGUCAGAACUGGGCUGUUAACUCGGAACGGAGUUAGUUCUAAAGGGAAGGGGAGCCCCCCCUCCCCGUUUGAUCUGCACCUCUUCGCCCGCUUACGGGCAUGAUGCACCAUGGUUGGAGUCCCUCGCAGCAAGGGCUGUUCUGUCUGCCGCAAUAGGCGCGUUAAAUGCGACGAGGCUCGGCCCGAGUGUGGCCAGUGUCGACGGUACGGAUGUCAGUGUCCCGGCUACAAUCGAGGCUUGAAGUUUCAGGAUGAAGGGCCCGGUCUGCAGCGUCGCCAUCGACGUGUGUCUGACCGAAGGGCUAGCGAUGCAACGAAGAAGCCAUUGCUGGAUUUAACCGAAAACACAACCUCCUCCUCCUCCUCGUCCACUACCGUCGUAAAAAAGAGGCACUCCGGCGCAUUGAUUCCACAGGUUACGGCAGAGGAAGCACUCGUCUUGAUGCGAGCCCAUGCAGGAAGUAUUGACGAGAACCUCUCGCCGUCGCUUAUUCAGAAAUUGUUCGUGAGCCAGCAACCCAGGCUUUUCAUGGACUUUGUCUGCGCUGCGUUUCCGACCCUGUUCUUCCACAAUAAAUUCCGCUCGGAGGUUUCGUUCCCCGAGUAUAUAAUGCAGAAUUUCAAUAUACGAGCACACCAAGACUCGGCCGUGUGUUGUCUGAGUGCCGUAUAUCUCGCAUCCUUGACUGGAGAUUCACGGCUUCUUAGGGCGAGUCGUUAUAUGUAUGGCAAUGCACUACGGAAGGUGAACCAGGCGUUGGAUACGGAUGAAGCACUGUCGGAUAUUCUACUUAGUACGGUUAUGAUGCUUACGAUUUACGAAAUAUACGCCCAAACAACGCCGAAUGCGUGGAUUAAGCACGCCCGCGGGGUCAAGGAAAUGUUUCUCAAGCGUGGCGCCAAAAGACACAUGUCGGGCUUUGGCCGGUCGUGUUACUACGCAUACCGGGGUUUUCUGGUUGCCCAUGCCAUGUAUGAGGGAAUCCCUUGCUUUUUGGACCAGGAUGAAUGGCAGGAUUUUGCAGCAAAGGUGCAAGAAGAAGAUUCCAAAAAACCCGGAGAAUGGUCUGUCUUUGUGCAUCUUUCUGAAAUGAUAUUCAUGGAACUGGUAAAAUGCCCACGGUAUGUUUACGAUUUCCGACACCUGCCACCGACCACCCCUCGAAUUAUACGAGGAGCCCUUAUCGCCCGGAUUCGCGAGAGUUGCACUACGCUCCGUCAACUCAGCGACGAAUUACAGGCGUCAAUCAUGUACCAUUUCCAAAAGAAGCAGGGAAUCGAAGUCAACAAAGAAGGCUUCGUGGGCCCCCCGCCGGCAGUUUUUGCCGAUACAAAUCCAACAUUAUUACUCCAGGGUGCUACCCACUGCAUCAACGCGUUGGAAAAGCUGCUACGAUCAGCCGACGUCACCGAGGAUGAGCAAAUUUACUUGCUGAAGGGUAUCUCUAACUCACCUGAAUCUGCACGCGACGAGUACCUCUCACCAACCCCCUCCGCCGAUUCGACCUGCGAAACUGUCUCAUCUGGCGCCAGUCCGGCGACUGUUGAUAGUAGUAGCGCUACUACUACUGCCACCACCCCAGCUAGCAGCGGUAAACCCUUCACAUUGCCCCUUCGCAUGAUCUCUGAGUUUAAUCGUGGCCCAUCAGCGCAUGGCAAAGGAGGCGGUUCCCAUCGACCUGUGGUAUGGCUAGAUCGUAUCGCGUGUUCCAUGGGCAUGAUCGGAGCUGAUAUUGUAGAAGACGAUCUUGACGCAACUCAAACAGUGCGAGGAGAGGACUUGGAGACUGUCGUUGAGGUUAUCGAAGAGUGAUAUCAUUUGAACUCAGCAUCGAAGAAUAUGAUGCCCCUGCCCCCCCCCCCCCCCCCCCCC